AUGUCAAACUACAUGAGUAGUGCCUCCACUAGGAAAUCCGAUGACAAGUAUGACGAUGAACUGACCGAUAGAGUCGAUACCAAAAGGAAAAUAAGAAACGCAAGUGAGAAGAAUCGCAGGGAUCAAUUUAACAACUUAAUCAAUGAAUUAAAUCGUAUGUUGUCUACAACCAAUAGAAAAAUGGACAAGUCCACUGUUUUGAAAACAACCAUAAAUUAUUUGAACAAACAGAAAGAUAUAUUAUUGAAAUCAAAAGUACAUGAAAUAGACAAUGAUUGGAAGCCAGCAUUUCUAUUAAAUGAAGAAUUCACACAUAUAAUUUUAGAAGCUUUGGAUGGAUUCAUGAUAGUAUUUACAUCAUUGGGAAAGAUCCUCCAUGCAUCAGAAACUGUCACUGCUCUCCUUGGUUAUCUUCCGGAAACCAUGGAAAAUUUAUCAAUAUUUAAAAUAAUUCAUGAAGCCGAUCAUUCGUUAUUACAAGAUCGAAUUGUAGAGUCCAGGCUUUCAAAGAAUUAUGAUAAUGAUCAAAUUGUAUUUUCUUGUCAUUGUAAGAGACAUGACCCAUUUAAAGAUAAAGAAGAAAAAAAUGAAAAAAAUGAAUUUGAAUUAGUGCAAUUUUUUGGUUACUUUCAACCAAGUAGUGAAAUUUAUCAUGGGGAAAAUCUUAGAAUUUCGUCUCCAUUUAGCAGUGAAGAAGAUGACCAAAAUCUAGUAUUUGUUGGUAUUGGCCGAAUUAUGACUCCACAGUUAUUAAAAGAACUACCGGUCAUGGAGGAUAUAAAAAGUGAAUUCACCUCAAGACACAGUUUAGAAUGGAAAUUUUUAUUUCUCGAUCAUAGAGGUCCUUCAAUUAUUGGGUAUAUGCCGUUUGAAGUACUGGGAACAUCUGGUUAUGAGUAUUACCAUAUUGAUGACUUAGAAGAUGUAAUAUUAUCACACCAAGCACUUAUGCUGAAAGGUGAAGGAACAUCAUGUUAUUAUCGGUUUCUAACCAAAGGCCAACAAUGGAUAUGGUUACAAUCAAGAUAUUAUAUUAGUUACCACCAAUGGAACUCAAAACCCGAAUUCAUUGUUUGUCAUCAUCAAGUGAUCAAUUAUUUUAAUGUUAUUAAAAAAGAGGGUGAGACUAACGAAGGAAAAAAAAAUAGUAAAAAAAGAUUAUGCCACAUUCCUUUAAAUGAAAUUGAACAUCAAUCAUCAAAUAGUGAUUAUGAUUCAUAUCAAAAGAGACAUUAUGAUCAACCAAGUACAGACUCACCAAAAAUGAAAAUUAGAUCAAUUGAAGAUAUUCGAAAUUCUAAUUCUGAAGUUGAGUCAUUGACAUUGGUAGAAAGUAAACGUGAUGUUACUGAAACAUUCAACAAUUAUUUAGAAAAUGCACAAUCUUCAGUAAAGUUACCUGCAGGCUCAGUUUCACCAUCACAGGAAAAUCUUAUUCAAGAUCAAUUACAACGUAAACAAGAGGAGUUACAAAAAACUAUUGUCAAACAACAGGAAGAACUAAAGAAAAUUACUAAACAAUUAUUAAUGGCUCGAUGUGGAAUUUUGCCUACAUUUAUGGACGAUUCUUUACAAACAUCCACACAGACUUCGGAGCAAACAACUCAACCAGAGACCUCUACCAACCAAAUAAUUUGUUCCAAUACUACUGGAGAACUUUUUGAAACGCGUCCAUUAAUAUCUUCUGAUGUCUUAUUAUUACACGAACGAAAUGAACAAGUUAUGCAGCAUUCCUAUUCAUCAAAUAUAGUACAGAAUAUGGUCGAUGAGGGAGGAGGACAAUUGGAUUAUAGUUUUAGUAAUCAGUCUAAUGAUGUUCUUUUCGAACAAAGUUCUCCCUAA